AUGAACUCACUUCGGCUCAUUCUCCUCCUCAGCACUCUCAGCGCCCUUUCUGCGGCUUUUGCCCAAAACUGUGAGCUGAAGUUCACCCCACUUCUCCCUCGCAACUCGGAUUUCAACAAAGCUUGUUCUGCCGAUUCCACCACCAUUUCUCCUUGCUUCCAUCAUGUCUCUGGUUCGCUUCACUCGGCCAACAUCACUUUUGGUCCUCCCUUUAGUGAAAAAGAUGAAUCAAUCCUUGCUGGCCCUAUCAUCAAAGACGGUUUCUUGACCGACUUCACCUUCGACACUAGAAUGGAAUAUUAUAUCAAUUAUACUGCAGAAGGCAUAGGGUUGCGUUACCAACCCGGUGGCUCCGAGGAUAGCUGUUUUCAUCUAAGUUGGGCAGCAAGUAGUGGGAGGGCCGUGGAUUGGAAUUUCAGGGCAGCUCUGGCAAACGGCGGAGAGAAGUUGUUUGAUAUGAACGAAGCCUAUGCUGGUUUUAAACAGGUUUGCGGUCAUGUUGAUCUUUGGUUGGAGAAGAAAUGA